GUUAGUUUAUAUUUAGUUGUUAUAAGUUAUAUAUAUUUGAUAUUGUGAAUUGCAAGAAUAAAUGGGUGCGAGUAAAGAAGAAGGAGAGAGAAGGGGAUGACAGGCGAGUAAGGGUUUGGAGACAAGUCCGAAAGCCAAAGAAGAAACAAAACAAACAAAACUUUGCUGAGAGUUGAGGUCAGAGAAGAAGAAGAGAACAAGAGAAGAGAACAAAAGAAGAGAAGAAGAGAAGAGAUUCAUAAACAGUCUGUUUUAUAUGAGAAACGAUGACGGAAGAUACAAAUACAAAUACAAACACACUACGACCGCCUACUACGCGAUCUCGGACUUCGUCGGUAGGCCAGUUUACGCUUGGAGAUAUGGGCCCGGGACUGUCGACGAUGGCUGCGACGGAAGCACAGAUCCGGGGCAGUAAGAAGCGGCAGCGGGCGUUGUCGAAGGGGAGUAUUGGAGGACAGGAAGGGGAGGUUGUUCCGGGAGCGGAGGGGGAGGCGGUGGAGAAGAUUGGAGUUGGGUCGUGGGCGUGGAUGCGGUUUCGGGAGACGUGUUAUCAGAAGACGUGGGUCGCCCCCUUGAUACUUCUUUUGAUUCCUCUAAUUGCUUUCGGACUGUCGAGCGACAAAAGCGAUGCAAACUGGCUGUAUGGAAUGAUUUUCGCGUCCUACAAGCUUGAGCCCGAGUAUGAAGGUGGACCUCCGAUGUACGGCAAAGGCAGGAAUGACUUUCUGUUUGUCGCAUACUACACCGUUGUGCUGAGUUUUAUUCGGGAGUUUACGAUGCAGCAGGUUCUGGAGCCACUUGCGCGGUGGAACGGGCUGAAGAAGGAGGCGAAGGUGAAGCGGUUUAUGGAGCAGACGUACUUUAUAUUGUAUGACGGCGUGAUGGGACCAUGGGGGCUUUAUAUCAUGCAUCAUAUGCCGCUGUGGUAUUUCGAGACGCGGCCGCUGUAUGAGGUGCCCCAUCGGACGCACGAGCUGGAUUUCAAGAUGUACUAUCUGCUGCAGGCCGCGUUCUGGACGCAGCAGGCGAUUGUGCUGAUGCUGCAGCUGGAGAAGCCGCGGAAGGAUUUCAAGGAGCUGGUGCUGCAUCAUAUUGUGACGAUCGCGCUGAUCUUUUGCUCGUACCGGUUCCAUUUCACGUGGAUCGGGAUCGAGGUCUAUAUCACGAUGGACGUGAGCGAUCUGGCGCUGGCGACGAGCAAGACGCUCAAUUACUUGAACCACUGGCUGACGGCGCCGUUCUUUAUUGUGUUUAUGGGAGUGUGGAUCUACAUGCGACACUAUCUCAGUCUGAAGAUCCUGUGGAGUGUCGCGACCGAGUUCCGGACGGUGGGAGACUUUGUGCUGAACUGGGAGACGCAGCAGUACAAGUGCUGGAUUUCGCAGUACAUUACGUUUGCGCUGCUGUUUGCGCUGCAGUUGUUGAAUCUGUACUGGCUGUUUUUGGUGUUUCGGAUUGCGUUCAGACUUGUGUUUAACGACACGCUUAAGGACGAGCGCAGUGACGACGAUGAUGAUGAUGAGGAGGAGGAGGAGAAGAAGAAGCCGGAGCCGGCGAAGAGUGCGGAGGAGAAGAAGACGGAGUAGGGUGUGAUGAGAUGGGUGAUAGUGAGCGAUAGAGAGUAAAUACAUGUUGUUUUAUUGUAUAAUGUAGUUGUUAUAUCAACCAGUUAUAUGUCUAUUGUAUAUCUUAUUAUCGCAUUAAAUGUGUUUAUUCUAUUAACACAGCAACUAGUUAACAGAGCAGUUGUCAACUAUUACAUAAGCUGAUUAUUAAUAGCAAAACUCUAACG